CAAUUUAAUUAUUAUACAACCGUACAAAAUAAUUUUAAUCAUAUUAUGUAAUAAAGACCCCAUGAUUUUCACACGCUAAAGAUUUCAUCUUGCAAUUCUUGCUUUUUGUUUAAUCUUAUUCAAUUUCCCAUCAUAUAAAGCUUCGUCAAUGUUGUAUUAUUGUUGAUUUCUUUUUGAUACAAAAAUUAAAAUUUCCAGAAAUAUUCAUUAGUAGCAGAGCUUGAAGAUGAACGCUGAAUCAGUUACAGAGUUUCUGGGGGGAGUUCCACUGCUUCAGCGGCUACCCAGUUCAUCUCUCAAGAAAAUUGCUGAGGUCGUUAAAGUCAAGCAUUAUGACAGUGGAGAGUAUGUUAUUCGUAGUGGAGAAAGUGGAGAUGAUGUGUAUUUUGUUUGGGAAGGAGAAGCUGAAGUUUGUGGACUCGCUGAGGAAGAAAUUCGUCCAGAGUUCUUGUUAAAACGUUAUGACUAUUUUGGCAAUGGUGCCCCAACAUCUGAAAAACAGGCAGAUGUGAUUGCAUCAUCCAAGUUGACCUGUUUGGUGCUACCUUCUGACCAUUGUAAUUUGCUGCGGCCAAAGUCAAUCUGGAAUGCUAAUGCUGGAAAAGAGACCUGUGCACCUGUAGAGAGCAUAUUACAUUUGGAUCCUAUUGAAGUAAACCUAUUUCAAGGGAUUACCUUGCCUGAAGCUCCAAAAUUUGGAAAAGUUUUUGGAGGACAGUUUAUUGGCCAGGCUGUGGCUGCAGCAUCAAAGACUGUUGAUUGUUUAAAAAUUGUCCAUCAUUUGCAGGCUUAUUUCCUUCUUGUUGGAGACUAUGAUAUUCCAAUCAUAUAUGAGGUUCAUCGCCUCCGUGAUGGGAAAAGCUUUUCCAGCCGAAGAGUAGAUGCUAUACAAAAAGGAACUAUUGUGUUCACCUUGCUUGCGUCAUUUCAAAAAGAAGAAUCAGGGUUUGAGCACCAGGAUGCAGUUAUGCCCUUGGUACCAGCUCCAGAUACGCUAUUAUCAUUGGAAGAGCUACGUGAAAAGCGUAUUAUUGAUCCUCGACUCCCCAGGACCUACCGCAACAAAGUGGCCAUGUCAGAGAUUACUCCUUGGCCCAUAGAGAUUCGGUUUUGUGAUCCAAAUACUUUUACGAAUCAGACGAAAUCCCCUGCAAAAUUGAGGUAUUGGUUCAGGGCCAAAGGAAUUUUGUCAGAUGACCAGGCUUUGCAUAGAUGUGUGGUGGCUUAUGCUUCGGAUCUGUUGUUUAUUGAAGUCAGCUCAAAUCCUCAUCGUGACAGGGGUCUGAAGAUCAGUGUUCUAAGCUUGAAUCAUACGAUGUGGUUCCAUAGACCCGUAAAAGCUGAUGAUUGGCUGUUAUUUGUGAUGGAGAGUCCAUCUGCUCAUUCUGCACGAGGAUUAGUUGCAGGUCGAAUGUUCAAUAGGAAGGGAGAGCUUGUUGUAUCGCUGGCUCAAGAAGGUCUACUUAGAGUGGCCAGAACUCCAGGCAGAGCGCUCAGAGCCAGAUAUUGAAGCUCACAGACAAACUCUUGCUAUGAUAUCUUGCCUGUAAAUAUAUAGCAUGCAAAGGAAACAACCAUGGUUUCAUAAGAAACGUUAUUCAACUAGGCAAUUGUUAUAACACGCACAUGAUUAUUGCUUGUCUCAUAAUUUUUUUAGUGCAACAAUACUUUAGUCUUGCACUUAACUAAUCCAUUGGUUUGUAUCAUGGUAUGAAUGUAUGAUAUACUCAAAUACAAGUAAUUUUUUUGUACAAUAUAUCAUAUCAUCAAGCUUGUGUAAGAUUUGAAUUGCUUGCCCAUGACUUCACAUGUGGCCAACUCUCACUCGUCCAAAGUGUUGAAAUUUGUAUGCAAGUUAAUGGGUUGGAAAAUCUAAUAGACUAAAGGUCUAUUCUUUUCAA